UCAAGGCGGCUGCAUGGGAAGGUGGCUCUCAUAACGGGAGCCGCCAGCGGGAUCGGCGAGGAGACGGCGAGGCUAUUUGCRGCCAACGGAGCUUUUGUCGUUGUAGCUGAUAUCGACGAUGAACUAGGCCAGCAAGUGGCAGCCUCCAUUGGUGCCGAUAAAGCUAGCUUUCGUCACUGCAACGUGAGAGACGAGAAGCAAGUCGAAGAAACAGUGAGCUACACCGUUGAGAAGCAUGGUCGCCUCGAUAUUCUCUUCAGCAAUGCUGCUGUCAUGGACUCUUUCACUUCAAUUCUAGAAUUCGACAUGGCAGAGUUCGAUAAUGUCAUGACAACCAACGUCUCUGGGGUGAUUGCGACGAUCAAGCACGCUGGACGAGCAAUGGUGGAGCAAAACAUACGCGGGUCAAUCAUCUGUACGGCGAGUGUGGUGGCCAUGAUCGGUGGGAUAGGGCCAGUGGCAUAUGCGAGCUCAAAGCAUGCGGUGGUGGGGGUGAUGAGAUCGAGCUGUGCAGAGCUCGGGACGUAUGGGAUAAGAGUGAACUGCGUGUCGCCGCACGGGGUGGCGACACCGAUGGCUUGCCGGAGUUUGAACUUGAAAGGGAGUGAGGUUGAAGAGCUUGUCUGUUCUAGGGCAAACUUGAAGGGAGUGGUGUUGAAGGCCAGCCAUAUGGCUGAGGCUGCUCUGUUUCUUGCUUCUGAUGAAUCAGCUUGUGUGAGUGGACAAAACUUGGUCGUUGAUGGAGGCUACUCAGUGGUCAAAUCAUUUAUGAACGGCGUUUCGCCGUACGGGGUUGCCACGCCGAUGACGUGUAACAGUUACAACAUGACCGUGCGUGAGGCGGAGGACAGCUCCGCCGCGCUGGCCAACUUGAAGGGGAUUGUUUUGAAGCCUAGACACGUGGCGGAAGCUGUUUUGUUCCUUGCCUCUGAUGAGUCCGCUUACGUCAGCGGCCACGACUUGGCCGUCGACGGCGGCUUCACGGUCGUCCGUCACCCGGCCCCGGCCCCCUAAUUCUACCAUAAUUUACUUUUGCUUGUGUCACAAUGUAAGAGGUAAGAAAGAAAGGUUAAACUGAUAUGAAUUUAGCUCAUCUCUUGUAUUUCUAGUUGAGUAACAACAAAAAACGUUAAAAUACUAUUUUAAUUUACUUCGGAUCU